AUGGGUGACGACAAGGCGGAGCUGCUAGACGAUGAUUCUGUGGGACAAAUUUUCUAUCAGGUGUGGGAUCGAUACAUGGAUUUCUGCGACAUGUUGUGGGACGCGCGUGCAGACAAGGACGACGACCCUAUUGUUCAAGAAACGACUGUAGUCUCCCGUGCUGUGAGCUAUCUCCCUGUUGAAUCCAUCACCGCCGAAGCCCUUGUGCAACCUCCUGCUGCCCCUCUCCUUGGACGGCCCGAGGACCCUGUCUGGCCGAAGCCCAUGCCUCCUCCUCCACCUCUCUCUCUCUCGCGUUCUGUUGUGUCGAAUUCUGAGGGGACCCAUCAGCGCAGGUCCAAGACUUCGCGCGGAGCUCGCAAGACACCCUAUCCUCCUGGACCCUUGACGCCAUUUCGUUCAUCUGGUUGGGCUCAGACUGUCGCAGGCUCAACGGCACCCUCCUCAUCUGCUUCAUCCGCCAGAUCUGUGAGCGACAACCCUCCGGACACCUCUCGCCAUUCCGCGGGCUCCUCACGUUCGCCAUGGGACGACUUUGCGACGUCUUCGUCGGGUUUCUCUGCCGCGCGCUCUCGCUCGUGA